AUUAAUUUAGGCGGAGGUAAUGCAUCAAAUCUGAAGAACCAGAUGAAAAAAGGACUGACUAACAUUGUCGCUAAAGGAGGACUUAAGGUCCGGGAGACUAAGACAAGCAUGCUGCGACAAAGUUUCCGGAAGAAAACUGAUAAAACUGAGAAGAUUGAGAGUAAAGAAGAGAAUAAGACUGAAAACAAGGCGGAGAAGAGCAUCGAAGAAAAUCUUUCGAGUUCCUCCGAGGAACUACUGGUUUGCGAACUAGACUCCUCUCCCAACAACACGGUGAGACAGGUAUCCUCCGGACCCCCGACUGAAGAAAUACCUCAGGAUUUUAAAAUUAUCUCCCCACCAAGGAAAACUCCACCUGAAGGCGUUGUUGAUUUUGACCUCGAGACUUAUGGAGACCCAUCCCAGCAUGCGGAAUACGUUCUUCAGACCUUCCAAUAUUACAAGGACCGUGAGCCAUUGUUCAAGAUUCCUGAUUAUAUUUCAGCCCAGAAGGAACUCACUGAGCCCAUGCGAGCUAUUCUUGUUGAUUGGUUGGUUGAGGUCCAGGAGAGUUUUGAACUGAACCACGAGACUCUGUACACUGCUGUAAAAUUAACAGACCUUUAUCUUUCUAAGAAACAGGUGAAGAAGGAAGAUUUACAGUUAGUUGGAGCUACAGCCUGUCUGAUUGCAAGCAAGGUUGAUGAACGUAUUCCUCCAAUGGUUGAUGAUUUCCUGUAUGUAUGUGACGAUGCCUACACAAGGGACCAGAUCAUGAGACUGGAGAGGAAGAUGCUGAGCGUGGUCGGGUUCGAUCUAGGAUUCUCCCUCUCAUACAGGUUUCUCCGAAGAUAUGGCAGAGUAUGCAAAGUAACCAUGCCUGUACUUACUCUAGCGAGGUAAAAAAAAACCUGUCAAUUUUC